AUGUUGGGGGCCGGAGUUCGGUUCAAUAAGAGUAGAAACGGUGGCGAUGGGUUUUACAGCGCCGCGAGGGCUCGCCGGAGUCGAGAUUUUGUGUGGAGGGCUAAGAGUGACGUAGCCUCGCUGCGGAGCCGGAGUGAUGAGCUACCACCGGAGAAAUCUGAGUCGGCAGCUACAGAUUCGCCGGUAGAGUCAAGAUUCUCGCCUUGUUGUAAUCUCGAAAGGUUUCUGGAAUCGGUCACGCCUUCGGUGCCUGCACAGUACUUACCUAAGAUGACAGUGAGGAACAAGAGAAUGUGCAAUGUCGAGGCUCAGCCAUAUUUUGUGCUUAGUGAUUUAUGGGUUUCAUUCAAAGAAUGGAGCGCCUAUGGUGCUGGGGUGCCUUUAAUAUUGAAUGACAGUGAUACUGUUGUACAGUACUAUGUGCCCUAUUUGUCUGGGAUUCAGUUAUAUGCUGACCUAUCUAAGAGUACAUCGAACUUAAGGCGGCUUGGUGAAGAAAGUGAUAGUGACUCCUCAAGGGAUUCAUGUAGUGAUGGAAGCAGUGAUAGCGAACAAGAUAGAGUACAUGAAUUGUUGUCGAGAGAGCACCCUACGGCAUUUCAAGAAGGCUUUUCUAGUGAUGAAAGUGAAUCUGGAAGUUCACAAAAUCACUUGCUGUUUGAGUAUUUUGCACGGGACCAACCAUAUUGCAGGGAACCUUUGGCAGAUAAGUUGUUUGAUCUUGGUCACGACUUCCCUGAACUCAAAACCCUCAGAAGUUGUGAUCUGCUUCCAUCGAGUUGGAUAUCUGUAGCCUGGUAUCCUAUCUACAGAAUACCUACAGGACCAACUCUUAAAGAUUCGGAUGCAUGCUUUCUCACCUUUCAUUCCAUUCAUACUCCCUUGAAUGGGCAUGAAGUCCCACAUCCUCCCAAAGUUACGUAUCCGUUUGAGAGUGAUGGUAUGGCCCAAAUUUCACUUCCAGCAUUCGGCCUGGCUUCAUAUAAAUAUAAACUAUCUAUUUGGACUCCAAAUGUGGAGAAUCAACAAUUAGCAAACUCCCUCUUGCAAUCGGCUGAUGAUUGGCUAAACAUGCUUUGUGUCAAUCACCCGGAUUUCUCAUUCUUCUGCCGUAGGUGA